AUGGAAACUGGGUAUCAGAAAUAUCAUGAUAUGAAGCUGACACCAUUGAACAUACGACUUACAGAGUUGUAUGAGAAAAUAAGCAAGGAUUUGAGCCCCCCACAACCUUUGUCAUCGGAGACACGUGAUAAACGUGAUAAAACAAAAUACUGCAAUUAUCAUAAAGACAUUGGUCACAAGACGGAGAAUUUUCGCUCCUUACAGAUCGAAGUCCAGCUAAUGAUAGAUGUUGGAAAGCUACAAGAGUACCUGAAAAAGGAUUUUGGGAGAGGUUCGGGACAAUUUGGCACAACACAUGUGAUUAAUGUCAAUCAUGUCAGGAUCCACUCAAUGACCAGACGGGAAUCAGAAGAUGAGACCAGGAGAAAGCUCAGGCAAUUAAAGGAAUGGUACGUGAUAAAUCACAUCGAUUUUGUCAGUAGAAAUGGAGCAGAAAUCCUGGAGCUUGGAUGUAAAAAGAUCGAGUUCUCUGAAGCAGACAUGAUAGGAGCUUAUUCCUCUAUGAAUUCGUCACACGACUUGAUCGAGGAGGACGAUCCAAUUAUCGGCUUCAGCGGCGAAGUAACAAAGGCGAUUGGGAAACUAAAGAUGACAAUAACAGUGGCUGACAAGUCCGUUCUAGGCAGUUUCUUGCUGAUGGAUUGUCGAGCUCCCUAUAGUACGAUCGUUGGACGAGACUGGGUGCAUGCGAUCGGUGGAGUCACAUCCUCAUAUCACCAAUGCCUGAAGUUUAUUACCCCUGAAGGAGUUGUGAAGGUUAGAAGCGACCAGAUGGCCGCCCACAAGUGUCAUGAGAAUGCUAUGGAUGAAUACAAGAAAUCAGAAGUUAGCGGGAACCAGUUCCUGCGAGUCGAACAAAAAUAG